AGAAUAAGAAUAAUAGAACAGGAAUAGCAGUAUCACCACUGCAACUACAAUCUACAAACAACUUCAAGUCUCAUCCCUUGCCCAUCAAUUGCAAAUUCAGAUGGACAAUACUCUCCAGUCCAUCCGCUACCAGCGUGGUUCGCUCCAGCUUCUCGACCAGAGAAAGCUUCCUCUCGAAACUGAUUACUUAAAUAUUCGCGACGCUACAGACGGUUGGUCCGCCGUACGAGAUAUGGUGGUGCGAGGAGCGCCUGCUAUUGCAAUCGCCGCCGCUCUCUCUGUCGCUGUUGAGGUCUUUAAUUUUGAUGCUUUUGCUGGAACAGCUGCUGAUGCCGCUUCUUUCCUUGAAAACAGAUUGGAUUAUCUCGUUUCUAGUCGACCAACUGCAGUGAAUCUUUCUGAUGCUGCUAUAAAACUUAAACAAAUUAUUUCAAAGGCGGCUGCUGUUGCUCCUGAUGCCAAUAGUGUUUUUCAGGCUUACAUAAAAGCUGCUGAAAUUAUGCUUGAGGAUGAUGUUGCUUCCAAUAAAGCAAUUGGGUCUCAUGGAGCAAGUUUUCUUCAGCACCAGCUGAAAAACUCCAACAAACUUUCUGUUCUCACCCAUUGCAACACUGGCAGUCUUGCAACAGCUGGAUAUGGUACUGCACUUGGUGUAAUCCGUGCUCUGCAUGCUGAGGGAGUGUUAGAGAGGGCUUACUGCACUGAAACACGUCCAUUCAACCAAGGAUCUAGACUCACAGCUUUUGAGUUGGUGCAUGAAAAGAUACCAGCUACUCUAAUAGCAGACUCUGCAGCAGCGGCGUUAAUGAAAGAUUGUCGUGUGAGUGCUGUCAUUGUUGGUGCAGAUAGAGUGGCUGCAAAUGGUGAUACUGCCAAUAAGAUUGGAACCUACAGCCUUGCAUUAUGUGCAAAGCAUCAUGAUAUUCCAUUUUAUGUUGCUGCACCGCUAACUUCUAUUGAUUUAUCCAUUUUGUCUGGACAAGAAAUUGUUAUUGAGGAAAGAUCUCCGAAGGAAUUGUUGCAUUCUCGGGGAGGACUUGGGGAACAAGUUGCUGCAUCUGGAAUCUCUGUGUGGAACCCUGCUUUUGACGUUACGCCUGCUAAUCUGAUUGCUGGCAUCAUAACAGAAAAGGGUGUCAUCACAAAACUGGUCAGCAACACUUUUGACGUAAAGGAUUUCGUACAGAAAGCAGAGAACAAAGUGUGCCCCUGUGGUAAAUGAAGGAAUUUACUGUUAACCUGUUUGUUAAUUUAAGUUUUGUUGCAUGAUGUCAACUGUGCCAAAACAAUUUUAAGCCGGUCACUCUUCUACAUUUCUGAAGAAUGUUUUAUGAGUUUCAUAAGGAUGUGGGAAAAUGAUCAAUAAGAAGCUUCUGCAAUGAA